AGCACAGAAGAAGAAGCCGUUGCGUACCCGGAAGAAGGAGGCGGAUUUUGUCCCGGAUUUCGAGCCCAUUACGGGAUUUGGUGAACGCCGAUGUUAACGUUAGCUGAGCGCUCUGCUUUCCUUGGCGAGCACCAUGAGGUUCAUUUUCCUGGCAUUUGUUACACUUCUGAGUUCCUCCGUGGUGAUUGGGGCCCCAGCGAAUUUUAACGUGGCUGAAGAUAACGCCGCAGCAGCAGCAAACAAUCAUCCAAAUUUCAGACCUUAUCAGAAAGCUCUACGUUCUCAACGUGAUGCCGUCCAGGUUACCCUUCAAGAAAAGAAGGACCAGAAAGGUUCUGAUUCAGAUACUGGGCCUCAAUCUCCAGUAGAGAAAAAGACAACUAACAAGGAGAAUGAGGAUUUAAUGGCAAAAGACCAGCCGGCUGGACAAGGAAUGGUGGAUGCGGUAGCGUCGUCAGAGGUUGCCAAUAGCAAAAUGGCACAGGAGUCCCUGGGGCCAAAGUCAGGUGAUGAUAAAUCAGGAGAAGAACCAGACAAGGAUGCUGAAUCCAAAAGAAAACCCGCAAAAGAAGAAAAAUUAGAGGGAAAAACUGAGGGAGAAUCUAAGGCAAAGGAUGCACAGGAUGCAAAAAACACUGGAGACAAGCAGACAGAAGAGAAGAAACCUGGAGACCCCAGGAAAGACACAUCAGAUGGAGAGUCUCCAAUAUGGGACAAAGAAGGAACAAAAGAUGAGAAUCCAAAAGGGGACAAACAAGGAACAAAAGAGGAGAAUCCAAAAGCAGGAGAGUCUGCAAAAGAGGACAAACAAGGAGCAAAAGAGGACAAUCCAAAAGCAGGAGAGUCUGCAAAAGAGGACAAACAAGGGGCAAAAGAGGAGAAUCCAAAAGCAGGAGAGUCUGCAAAAGAGGAGAAUCCAAAAGAAGGAGAGUCUGCAAAAGAGGGGAAUCCAAAAGAAGGAGAGUCUGCAAAAGAGGACAAACAAGGGGCAAAAGAGGAGACUCCAAAAGAAGGAGAGUCUGGAAAAGAGGACAAACAAGGGGCAAAAGAGGAGACUCCAAAAGAAGGAGAGUCUGCAAAAGAGGAGAAUUCAAAAGAAAGAGAAUCGGAAAAAGAAGAAAAACAAGGAGGGCACCUUGCAAAGGAGAACUCGGAUGGCGAGGAGGUGAAGGUGGGCGAGCACGAAAAAGGAACAAAAUUGGGCGGCGAGGACGGGCCCAGUCGAAACGCGGGAGGCAACGGGCAGUACGGGCGGCCUGGCGGCAGCGACGAGGUGGAAAGCAGUCAUUUCUUCGCGUACCUCGUGUCGAUGGCAGUGGUGGUCGCGGUGCUUUACAUCGCUUACCACAACAAGCGCAAGAUAAUCGCCUUUGUUCUGGAAGGAAAAAGAUCAAAAUCUCGUCGACCAAAAUCCACAGAGUACCAAAAGUUGGAACAGCAUUUGUAAAUCCGAUGCUGUAGCCCUGAGGUUGAAAGCGCUGUGGGACGGCGUCAUUUUGGCUGAUGUGGACUUUUGCUGCGUUCCGUUGAUGGAUGCUUUUUUUGCAUGACUAUGCAGACGACACUGAUGCCUUAUUGUCAGAUCGAGUCAAACGCAGUGACGGUUAAAAUGCGCAUGCUGUUUUUUUUUUUUUUUUUUUUGCACCUGUCUUUAUUCCACUUCAUAAUUACGAGAGGUCGCGACUCAGGAUAAUAGAGAUGAAAGCGUUGUUCGUUUUCCCGCAUUAUUUUCUUGCUUUGUUUGUACACCGACGAUUGCACUCCUAGCCAAAUAAGCCGUUAUGACUCCGAAAAGUAAAUACAUUUUAUUGAAGGGUCUGGGGCGAACUACGUUUAUUAAAAUGUCAAGUGUUUGCACCUCUUAUUGUUUUAACAUAUGAUUCCCAAGAAUAUAGAAAGUUUGUGGUGUUAUUGAUGCCACAAAAAUAAAAACAGGAAUCGUGUGAACGUUAUAAAAAAAAAAAACCACCUGAACGGAAUGUUUUGUUGAAUCAAAUUUAUGUGAGUUUUAUGAUGGCUUUUUGUUUUUUUAUUUGAAUUUGGUUACAAGAGGAAGAAAUGUAGCGACUGUAGUUCCUGAAAUAUUUGAAUAGGUUCCAUAUUGGAUGAUAACUAACCACUCUUUUUUUUUUGUUUAGUACACAUAAAGAUCACGCUGUUCCUCCAGACUAAUAAUAUAUAUGUUGUGCUGCGUUGCUUUGUAAAUUUCAACUAUUAAAUCUAAAUGAAAUAGCGAAAUCAUCACCGUUUUACUCAGGAUAGCAAAUUUUUUUUUUUUUUGGGGGGGGGGCGUUUUU